AAGCUGCUCUCUUCUCUUUCUUCUUCUUCUUCUUCUUCUUGUCUCACUCCUUCUCUCUCUGAGUCUUUCUCAUGCUUCGAUCCAAGAAACAAAAACACCACCACAAACACCACCGCAGCCACCAGAUUUGUAACCCUCCACAACCAGUUCCGUCUCACUCUCUCUCUCUCUGCUAUCUCGGAUUCUCUCUCUCGUCUCAGCCAUGGCCGAACCCUUGAGCGCCACCACCACCACUAGUAACCGUUGGCCUCCCCUUUCUCUCUCUAUGCCUUUAUUUCUACUUUUCCUUCCUCUGUUUUUGGUUGUAUCUAGGUUGUCUUGGUGACUGGGCUCAAUUUGGGAUGUGAAAAAGCUUUGACAAUUUGGCUUGGGUUUGAAAUUUGGGGCAUUUGAGUGGAUGUGUUUCUAGAUCUGGGAAAAAAAGAGAGUACAAAACAACCAAGUUGAAAAUGUUGCUAAAGGAAAGGAAGAGGGAUCUGGUGGCUAUGGAUUUCGAAAGGCGGUGGCAGCCGAUUGAGUUAGCGGCAAAAUGAAUUCUGACGUGAAGUAUGCAACUGUGAUAAAGAUUAUAGGGAGGACAGGAUCAAGAGGGCAGGUGACUCAGGUGAGAGUGCAGUUUAUGGAUGAAAGCAAGCGGCAAAUUACAAGGAACGUCAAGGGACCAGUCAGGGAAGGGGACAUCCUCGCCCUACUAGAGUCUGAGAGGGAAGCAAGAAGGUUGCGUUGAGGGGGCUCAUAUUUGGCCACCCAGUUAUUUCAAAUGUUUAGGCUAAUGCCACCAUUAGGUUGUCUGUCUUGAAUAAGAUUUUGCAUUGAACUCAAUAGUUUUGGUAUUUUACUUUCACAUUUCAAUAUUUCAAUGGCACAUUUCUAAAUAUCAAUUACAUUACCAGGUAAGCUAGGCUUAACUAAUUAUGAGCUUGGUAUGAUAGUUUUUUCACCGAAGAGUAAUCUAAAGAUGUAGCAAUAACAAGUUUAACACAUUAUAUGAAUGCAUGCUUAGUUUAUA